CUUAUGUGUAUGUGCAUAUGCACAUGGCAACUCUACACGACCUUUGUUUUGAUAUGCGAUUGCAAAAACCAUGUGCAACCAAAAACAACAAAGGAAAACAAAAACCAGCUGACUCGGGUCAUCGGCAGCCACCAUUACGGACGCCAUAUUGGAUUACACAAUUUGAAUGCUCUCCAUAUAACGUCUAUAGACUACUCACAUCUCCCAUGAGCAUGAUUUUACAGAAAAACAAAUCAUAUCUGACGAAUUGUGCAUACCUAUACAACAAGUACCCAUACUCAUAUAUAGGCGUGCAUUGGAGUCGUGUGUAUGGCAUAUAAAAAGAGUCCAAUUUGAUAAAAACAAUAUUACUAAAAGAACCAACCUCAACGUAGAAACAAAAGAAUCAUACGAGUCCGACAUAUUGGCAGACAUAUUAACGAUAAAGAAAAAUACAAGUGAGUGCCGAAAGACACAACGUUUGUACGUACUCGCUAUUGCUAGUGCUGAGAGAUUAGUGUGGGCAUUUAAAAGUGUUAGGCUCGUCUCGCCAGCAGUCAGUACGUAUUCGCAUUCAGUAACAACAAAGAGAGUUUUACGAUAGCGCUGCAUAAAGAUUUUCCUUUCAAGUCAAAUAUUCAUAAUUCAAUCAAUUUGUGAUUACUAAAGUGUACGACCAUUGUGUCUAGAACUCUAUUAUCAGGCGAUUUACUAACGCAUUAACUCAUCAAAGGCCAACGAUUGCCUUCUAUACCAGUGUGUAUAAAGGCACAGAGGCGGUUGCGAAUCAGAUCAGAUCGAGCAGUCGUUUGAAUAAAUUGUCAAAAUCCAAAUUCAAUCGAAAACAAAAAAAAAUUAGCGAAGAAACACGCCAUAAAAGCAACGAGAAGAGUGCAAGAAAUCCUGAAUUUCGCCCCAAACAACUCUAAAUUACCAAGGAAGACAAAAUGAUGAAAUUAUUAGCCGCAGUUUUGUUGCUGGCCGUAGCGGUCAACGCACAGAUGACAUGCCGUUUGGAGCAGCCACGCCUUCCCGUCGAGUGGGUGGGUCUCAAUGACAAGAGCGGACAAUGUUUGGAGGAGAUGCGUAAGCAAAUCCAAAUGGAGAUCAAUGCCUCCAACAUCUAUUUGGCCAUGGCUGCACACUUCUCACGCGACGUCGUCAAUCGUCCCGGUUUUGCUGAGCACUUCUUCAAGUCGGCACGCGAGGAACGUCAGCAUGGCUCGAAACUCAUUGAAUAUCUGUCCAUGCGUGGUCAGUUGACAGACAGCGUCACCGAUUUGAUUCAACUCAUUGAUGUUGAUGUUAAGGUAGACAGCGGUGUUGACGCUCUUCGUCAAGCGCUUGAAUUGGAAACCAAGGUCACCAAGAGUAUUCGCUCAUUGAUCAAGGUCUGCGAGAAGACACCCAACUGGUACCACUUGGUCGACUGGCUAACUGGUGAAUUCUUGGAGGAACAACUGACCGGUCAACGCGAUUUGGCUGGCAAAUUGAGCACACUCACCAAGAUGAUGUCCACUCAAGGCGCUUUGGGCGAAUUCUUGUACGACAAGCAAUUGUAAAUUACCUCCUACAACAACCCCAACAAUUCUACAAGCAGUCCGUUGGUCACCAAUUAAUGCAACAUUAAAUAUUUAGUCAUUCACAACACCAACAGACGGAAGGCAUGUGCUGUACGAAGGGGUAGCAGUGCUUAUCUCUUAUACUUAUACCAACUAAAUAAAUAAGUGAUGAAAUUAUGUAUGAAUUGAAUUAUGAAAAAAAUAAUAGUAUUCUUUUUGCAUUAUUGUGUUCUAAUAUAUUAGUGUAUUAAAAAAAAUCGGAAAUGAAUUUCAAACUUUAACUUUCAGCUUUUUUUUUCUAAAUUUUUAUAAACUUUUGCUAAACAAGUCAAUUAUAUAUGGCCAUAAUUGGUAUUGAUAACACAAAUAAAUUUCUAAAAUACUCUGUACAGAAACACAGUAAGGCAUGCAUUUAUGUAUUUUUUUCACAUAACGGACCAUGAAAGCGGGGGCUACAUUUCUUGUCUAAAUUUAUAUUCUCUAAUGUGCCAUUACAAAUACUAAUUUAUCUAUUGAAGUUUAUUUAAAUGCAUUUAUUAUGCUUUUGUACCGACAAACAUUGAGCAUCGUAAAUUAUUUCUUAUUAAGGCUGAGGGUGUGAGGUAUUUCUGUCACUAAGCAAAGCAUAUAUGUAUGUAUGUGUAUGAAAAGCGGAAAGAAUAAUAAAUAUUUGUGACUACUGCAA